AAGUUGCAGGAUCAUAUGUUUAUUAGAUUGCGUAUUUUUAAAAAAUCAAUAUGUUAAAGGAAAAGGAGGAGACAACACACAUUACCAAUCCGCGGUAAGGCCUUCCCCUGAGUAAGGUAUUAAAAAUAAAUCAGGUGAUGCAGGCGGAAAGACGAAACGGAUAAAAUGUGAAGUAAAUGCCUAUAUAUGUGUAUACAGUUAGCAUACAGAUUUAUAAAUCUUAUUGAAGCAUUAAGAAAAUGUUGCAGAAACGACAAACAAAUUCGGCUGGAAAAGGCUGAUUGUUGUAUAUUUUAUAAGGCUGCAUGUAAAACUCGUUAAUCAUCUGCUGUUGCCAGCUGUAGGAACUGCGGUCCUGCGAGGACCUCAGCAAGUAUACUCAAACACAGGAACGCACAAUGUAUACUCAAGACUAACGUACAUCACUCCACUCAUAAACCUCAAACCUACGCGCACAUCCAUAAUCAACACCAGUAGAAGAAGCAGACCCAGUGAAUGCCACUCCCUCAUAUAGGACCACACUUCCCGAAACCGCGAGCUCUUGCACAACGCGUGCUGCUAUGAGCCAAAGCAAAAAAAAAAAAGGAAAAUGCAAUGGCCUCAAGGCUCAAGGGGUGCUUGAUGGUGGUUUGGCAAUCGAACAAAACGUUAAGAUAAGAUACCAUGAGCCUACUAAUCAACCAGUAACCAUGGUCGUCGUUUCAUGACGACGCAACACCUCACUAGCCGCGCGAACCGAUAAGACCGAUAGAAUGAAGAUAGAAACAGAGCAACCCGUAAUAACGGAAACACACCAACGUUUAACCAUUUGUAUAAGAGUUCGUAACGAAGUUUAAUAUAUGGUGGAUAGUACAUAUGCAUGCCACGAGAAGCGACAAAGAAAGACAGAGAACAUAUAGAGCAUCCCAUCUCACCACACAUAUUAGGGACUCAUGCUAAUUUAUAACCCGCAGGACCGCAGGAAAGGGGAGGAAAAGCAAUGGAGGCGGAGUGAGCGCCGAAACGGAAUAACAAAUAUACGAUAUUUAUUAUUAACCCGUUUUGUGUACUGCGUAUAUAGUUUCGUUUGUUGGAGGGUGUGGACCUGGCGGUAGGUAAAGAAAGCUGCUUCCAUAUUCCAAGUGAUGCAAAUUGUGGACACACAACCCACAGAAGCAUGCAAAUGUAUGCCCUUCUCCACGCAACAGCAACACACUAUCGAUCGAUCGAGUAUCAUUUGGAGCGCCUCUUCGCUUGUAUACGAUUGCUCCGUUCGGUUUAUCGUUUCCGAUGGCAAAACAUUUAUUCGCGGAUUGGUGGACAUAACCGUGGUGGUGGUGGUGGUGGUGGUUAAACGUAGAUAUUUACUGAAGGUAGGUUCGAAAUCAUUUUGGACAGUGCUGAAGCCGCUCUAUGUGUUCGCAAUUAAUUACCCUUUUAAGGGGGCCUGCGUGAAUCUAUUUCUCUGAUAAACAUGGAAAUUUACAGACAUUUCAAACGUGAAUAAAAUUAAAAAAGAAACAAACCCACAAAAGCAGCUGCUUCACGGGACCACGGAAGUCAGCCAUUUCUUUCAUUUCAAAACUAGUACUAGUAAUCUUCUCCUGGUUUGUGCUUAUAAAAAUUGAACUCUUGCCUAGCUUAUUCUAGCACAGCUCUAUAAGCACUAAGUUGGAACACCAACGAACAGUGAAUCUAAUAACGUUACUAACAAAUCUCUAUUAACACUAACAUUUAGUCUCAAAAUGCAAUCAGGAGCGAUUUGUCUUUAAAGUCGAAGACAAACACGAUGUCUUCGCACAAUGAAUGAAUGUUGGAUGAAAUGAUAAUUACAAGUCCCUUCGGAGCAACUGGUUUUCCACAAGUGAAAAGUGUUCAACGUAGAGCCAGAGAAAAGACUCGGUGAUGUGAAUGGCAAAUAAUGGACCUAACUGUAUAAUACCGAGUAGUAUUUCAAUAGAAACAGAUGCACUACUUUUAGACUAGCAUAUGGUUAAGGCUACGCAAACCAACGACUGCAUUUUGGUUUCGUUUUGUUCCAUUGCUUGGUUUUUGGGGCAGAUGAGGCGCAAACUGAAUCAUAGUGAUUCGUGCACAGCACUUGAGGUAGCGUCUUCGGUACAAACAUCUGCCCACACUCCCUACCCGCAUAAACGAUUCCGUACUUAAGUGGUAGACGUAUGACGCUGUGAAAGGGUCACUGUUUUGGUGUCGAUAAAUGCAGGAAUACGCGCUGCUAAUACCAUCCUGCUGCUGCUGCUGC